UAAAACACACUUUGGCCAGUUCGGCGGAUGGAGAUUAGUGCGGGAUCGAUGCACGAUUGGUUGAUAGUUGACAUUUGAAUGUCGCGUAUUAGUGAAUAGCAGCCUGCGUGUGCGAGACAGAGAAUGCAUCCGUCAGACGUCGCUAUUGCAUCUUACCAAUUGUUAUGAUUAACCUGUUGAUAUCGGGUCAUUUGAGUGCGGCGAAUAAAUAAAUAAAAAUAAGAAGGAACUGGGGCGCGGAAUGCGGCCUGAGACCCCACACGGCUAGUGACCAGAGGAGGAGCGACUUUUUAUCAAAAUUGAUUCGUUUAAUUUGGGGACCACGAUACGUCACGCGGGUGUCAUCGGCCUAUGGGCCUCUCCAGUGAACGGAAAGAAGGCGGGGGGAAAGCCCGGGCCCCCAGCUAUGCGCCACACGGGUUUGGGGAAGCUGGGGGGCCUCAUCAACACGGCAGUGCAUGCCACCAAACGAGCACCAGGCAAUGGAGACGUGCAGUGGUGCUUUGCUCAGGUGAAGGGAACCCUCGACGAUGACGUGACCGAAGCCGACAUAAUCUCAUGCGUGGAGUUCAACCAUGACGGUGAGCUCCUCGCGACGGGCGACAAGGGAGGCCGCGUCGUCAUCUUCCAGCGGGACCCCGGCUCGAAGAGCUCGUUCCCGCGACGAGGAGAAUACAACGUGUACUCCACGUUCCAGUCGCACGAGCCCGAAUUCGACUACCUCAAGAGCCUCGAGAUCGAGGAGAAGAUCAACAAAAUCCGGUGGCUGAAGCGGCGGAACCCCGCACACUUCCUCCUAUCAACCAACGACAAGACCAUAAAGCUAUGGAAGGUCUCGGAGCGUGACAAAAAGGUCGAGGGGUACAACACGCGCGCGGAGAACGGCUCGCUGAUCGACCCUGUGAACGUGAGCUCGCUGAGGGUGCCCACGAUCAAACCCAUGGAGCUGAUGGUGGAGGCGUCGCCGAGGAGGAUCUUCGCCAACGCGCACACGUACCACAUCAACUCGAUCUCGGUCAAUUCCGACCAGGAGACGUACCUUUCGGCGGACGACCUCCGGAUCAACCUGUGGCACCUCGAGAUCACCGAUCAAAGUUUCAACAUAGUGGACAUCAAGCCAACGAAUAUGGAGGAGCUGACGGAGGUCAUAACGGCGGCGGAGUUCCAUCCGGUCGAGUGCAACCUGUUCGUUUACAGUAGUAGUAAGGGUACAAUUAGGUUAUGUGACAUGAGGGCGGCGGCCCUCUGCGACAGACAUGCUAAACUGUUCGAGGAACCCGAAGAUCCGACGAAUAGGAGUUUCUUUUCCGAAAUUAUAUCGAGUAUUUCCGAUGUUAAGUUGUCGAAUAACGGCAGAUACAUGAUUUCGAGAGACUAUUUAUCGGUUAAAGUUUGGGAUCUGCACAUGGAAACCAAACCUAUAGAGACUUAUCCAGUUCACGAAUAUCUCAGAUCGAAGCUGUGUUCACUGUACGAGAACGACUGCAUAUUCGAUAAGUUCGAGUGCUGCUGGAACGGCAACGACAUGGCAAUAAUGACUGGUUCCUACAACAAUUUCUUUAGGAUGUUCGAUAGGACAACGAAAAGAGAAGUGACACUGGAAGCUUCAAAGGAUAUCGCCAAACCUAAAACAAUUUUAAAACCGAGAAAAGUGUGUUCGGGGGGGAAACGUAAAAAAGAUGAAAUUAGUGUGGACUGUUUAGAUUUUAAUAAAAAAAUAUUACACACAGCCUGGCAUCCUACAGAGAAUAUCAUUGCAGUGGCGGCAACUAAUAACUUAUUUUUAUUUCAGGAUAAGUUCUAGUGUAAUUAAUUUUCGUCUCAUAUUCAGGUUGUUUUCCGUCUCAAAUUUCGUUUCUGAUUUUCUUCCUUAUUGAUUGCGGCAGCAGCGCUCUAGUAAAUCGACGGUUUUAACUGAAUUCGUUUUAUCAUGCAACGGAAUUUUUAUAUACGAGCUUUGUUUAUUGUGAUAUGGAGGAUGUGGUGUAGCUAAAUUUUGUUGUCAGCAGGAAUUGAUCUACUGAGUAUUUUUUCAAUGCAGACAGUUUACCUCUAAUAGCGAAAUUGUAUAUGUUUUAUAAGUAAGUUUUUUACAAACUAAUAAAUUAUUACCGAAGUUUUGUGUGCUUAUUUAUGACCGAGGCGGUGUACGCUUGUGACGAUAUUAGAGGGAAACUAACAUCCAACAAGUGCUUAUCAAUGUCUGUUAAUUGCUUGCUACCGAUUUCGUUGUAUGGUAUUUUAAUGUAACAUAUUAGCCAUUAAAAAUAUUGAAACAUUGUACAAAAUGUAAAUAUAUACAGAAUUAAUUUUUUUACCAAUGUUUUCCCAAUGUAAUUCGCACUUUUAUUUUACAAUAUUUUUUCGAAAAGCGUAGAUAUUUUAAGCAGAAAUCAUUUUCUGAAUAUGAACGAUAUUAUGGAGCGAUUUGCCUUACAGUGCCAUUUGUUGAAAUUGAUCUUUUUUUGUUAUUUUUUAAUCUGGCGGUGAAGCUUUCGGCUUGCGAAAUACAUUAAAAUCAAUACAGUACAUCUAAUAAUAACGAUAAUUUAAGUUAAUUUUAAAUUAUAAUUUAGUUGUAAGAUGGUUAUUGAAUAAGACACCAAAUAAAUUGUUGUGAGAUUUGGUUUUACGUAGAAUCACCUAAUGUGUUAAAUUAUUUUUUUUUGUUUUUGCUAAUUGUUUACAAUUAUACAUUCCUUAAUUACAAUUGGACAUAUUCUAAAUUGCUGUAACUCAUACAAUUGUUAUACAUUUUCAAUAAUACAAAAAACCUAGUUUCACUGUUUUUUAUUCUUCCAGCAAGAUUUGGCAGAGAUUGAGAAAUUGAGCAAUAAAAAUUUGAUAUGGUUGUUAUCAAGACAGUGUAUUA